AUUAACUAAAGGCCGGUGGGCAAACGAGGAAGCAGCAUGGGUGAAUGGAAGGUGUAGAAGCUUGUCUGGUGUGAGGAGCUUCUGAGCUUCUGAACUUCGAACUUGAACUUUCCAAGAUCGGUUUGUCUUCCAGACAGUCGGGAUGCAUGAGCGGCUUGUUCCUGCGUCGCCGAACUGGUACUGCUCACGCUGCAGCGACCUGAGCGUCCACGGCGUGCUGGGCUUUGGAGCUAAGAACACGAUCUACCUUCUGAAAGUCAGCGCUUCAUCAGCAACAGUGCUCGGUGAACUCAGGGGCCACAGCGAAAGAGUUUCUGGCUUCUCAUUCUGCAGGCAUGAGACUCAAGAACAUGUUUGUGCAAGCAGCUCAGAUGAUAAGACCAUCAAAAUCUGGGAUGCUGAGCAGAAGGUGCUGUUAGAGGAACAUCAAGUCCAUCAGAACACGAUCUCGGCCAUUCACUGGUCUCCGAGGCAGAAAGCUUUACUGGUGUCAGGAGAUGAGAAGGGAAUCGUGGUGUGUCACUGGUUUGGCAGAGGAGACACUCGGAGCUUCUUCCCCGAACCCAGAACCAUCUUCAGUCUGUCCUGCUCUCCACACGACGAGAACCACGUCGCCAUCGGGUACAAGGAUGGAAUGAUCGUUCUGAUAGACCUGAGUAAGAAAGGAGAUGUGAUCCACCGUCUGAGAGGUCAUGAAGAGGAGAUCCACGCUCUCGCCUGGUGUCCCGAACCCCAGGAGGACGCGCUGUACGGCCGGCCUGAGGACACCGCUGACGCGUCCAGCGGGCCGGUGGAGGUCGAGCGUGGAGGUGCUGGAGGUGGUGGAGGUUACCUGGCGUCAGGUAGCCGAGAUCAGACCGUUCGGAUUUGGAGCACGGCAAGAGGCAAAGGUGUUAUGACCCUGAAGCUGCCGUUUCUGAAGAGGCGAGGCGUGGGCGUGGACCCCGGGGUGAAGGAGAGACUCUGGCUCACGGUGCACUGGCCGAAAGGAAGACCUUCACAAGUCGUCUCCAGCUGCUUCGGUGGAGAACUGGUGCUCUGGGAUCUCACGAAAUCCGGUAAACAGAAAUGGAUUCUGCUGGGCAGCUCAUCAGAUGGUCAGAACCACAACCGCAUCGUCUUCAACCUGAGCUCAGCGCGUGUGGGGGAGCGAGAUCUUCUCAUCAGCACCUCCAUGGACAGAGAUGUGAAGUGUUGGGAUGUGGAGACGUUGGAGUGCUGCUGGACUUUACCCACCAUGGGAGGCUUCGUUUACUCUCUGAGCUUCUCCCCAGUGGCCUCAGGCGUCCUGGCGCUGGGCGUCGGAGACAACAUGAUCCGCGUGUGGAACACGAUGUCCAUCCACAACCCCUACCACACCAGGACCUUCUGGCAGGGGAUCAAGUCCAAAGUCACCGCGUUGGCGUGGCAUCCGGUAAAGGAGGGAUCAUUAGCUUUCGGGACGGACGACGGAAAAGUGGGAAUCUAUGAAGUUUUUUCCAACAAGCCUCCACAGAUCUCCAGCACAUACCACCGUAGAACAGUUUACUCUCUGGACUGGGGUCCUCCAGUUCCACCUCUGUCAUUUGGUGCAGGAGAUAAACCCGAGUACACGCUGUACAGCUGUGCAGGAGAAGGAGUUAUCUUCCAGCACGACCCGUGGAAGCUCUCAGACGAAGCCAGCAACAUCGACAAACUCAUCCGCGACUCGAACAACAUCAGACACAAAAUCUCUCCUCACACGGACCUCAGCUGGAAGCCGGACGGGAAAAUCUUGGCGAUCGGAAAUGAAGACGGUUCUGUAGAAGUGUUCGAGGCUCCAAGUCUGAAGCUCCUGUGCACCGUGCAGCAGCACCAUAAAAUCAUCAACGCACUACGCUGGCACCAUCAGCACUCCAGCACCAGGCCUGAGCUGCACUGCCUGCUCGCCUCGGGCUCCAGCAACGCUCUCGUCUACGUCCACGACCUGCGCAGCGCCAUCGAGAACCCGUCUGAGAACCCGGUUUUGGUGACCGAACCCUUCCGCACGUUGUCUGGUCACACCAACAAAAUCACGGGUCUGGAGUGGAGUCCUCACCACGACGCUCAGCUGGUCACGUCCUGCUACGACGGCACGGCUCAGGUAUGGGAUGUGCUGAAGCAGGAGCCGGUGUGUAACUACAGAGCUCAUAACGGACGUGUGCUGUGUGUCCAGUGGUCACCGGUUCAUCCUGACCUGAUCUGGACCGGCGCCGAUGACUUCACGGUGCACGAGUGGGCCGUGUCCAAGCAGGAGAACGUCAGACCUCCAAAGAGUAGGAGACGUGCGGAGAUGGAGAAGAAGAAAGCCCCCCCGAAGAAACCCAAGAAGAAGGCAGCUGAGAAGAAGACGGACGAGAACGAAGCGCCGAUGGUAGACGAAGCCGGAGGAGGAACCAACAGCGGGAUGGACGAAGGUCCGACGGAAGACAAAGCGGAAGAUGAUCACGUCGUCUCCGCUGUCGCCGGCCCGUCUCAGGAAGCCGCUUCCGUCACGGAGAAAGUGCGUGUAAACGGAGAGAAAACUUUUCCAACCGUGAAGAAAGAAGAGAAGGAGGAGAAGAAGAAAGAAAAACCAGAUCUGUCCGUGAAGAAGAGGAAGCCGCGCUCCAUCCUGCCUCUGAGCGCUUCCAUGGACCACCGAGCUAAAGAGGAGCUUCAGCAGGACUGUCUCACACUCGCCAAAAUCACACACACACAGGGCGAGACGCAGAACUGUGUAGCAGGAACCGGAGAACUCAUCCAGCUGGGCUUAUUCGCAGAUCGGUGCGCCCUCUACAGGAUGUUCCAGGAGGAAGAGGACGGUCACCUGGAAGCAGGACAUUACGAGUCAAUGAUGUAUCUGAGGCUGUGGAAAGGAGAUCUGAUUGGAGCUCUGCAAUUGGCUACAGAGAAAGGACAGCUCACGGACCACUUACUGAGCUUAGCCCCGAUGGCCGGGUAUCAGGUGUGGGUGAGGACAGUCGAGGCGUACGUGAAGCAGCUGUGCAUGCAGGAGCAGUUCCUCAAAGCCGCCUCGCACCUCGUGUCCAUUCACAAACUCUACGAAGCCAUCAGCCUCCUUAAAUCUCACCAGUUCUACAGGGAAGCGAUCGCCUUGGCCAAAGCCAGACUGCAGCCUGAGGACGCCGUGCUGAAGGACCUCUACAUGAGCUGGAGUGCUGUACUGGAGAAGGACGGACAUUACACCAGCGCUGCUAAAUGCUGUCUCGCCGCGGACUCCGGUUUCGACGCGGCCAAAGUCAUCGCUAAGAAAGGGGACGCGUUGUCGCUGAAGACGGCGGCCGGCGUGGCGAAGCUGUCGGGCGAGAAAGACCUGAGCCACACGCUCGCUCUGAGAUGUGCCAAAGACCUGGUGCACUCGCAGGACUGGCUGGAGGUGCAGGAGAUCCUCAGCACCCAGGACACCUUGCUGGGUCACAGGCUCGUGUUCGGUGUGUGCGAGCUCCUCACUCAGAGACUCUCCGACGCCGGCUUGGUGACGUGGACAUUGCAGUCGUGUCACGCCUGGUCCAAGCCGAGCGACGAGCGCUUCCUCGAUGCUGUACUGUGUGUGUGGAGGAGCGAGUUCGGGAUCGACUUUGAAGAUCUCGACCACCUCAGAUCGCUCCAUCAGCAGCUGGGAGCCGUGGAGAACCCGCCUCCAUCUGCUGGAACGACUCUCAAACAGAUGUUGCCUCACGUGGCUUUGGACAUCACUCUUUCUGCACUCAGCGAGCUGCUGGUAGACUGGAGCUCGCUUCUAGAGGAGCUUCUUAGAGCUUUGACUCGCGUCUUCAAGGCUAACAGUUUCUCUCUGAUGGACGAGAUGUGCCAGCUUCUCCUUCCAGAAGGUUUGGAUUCUGUGACGGCCUACAAACAGAAGGUGCAGAGUAACGAACAAAGCUUGGCUGCUUCUCGAAGUCUGGAAGCUCUCAUCUCCUACCAGCUCAUGUAUAAAUAUUGGUGGAGUUGCAGAAGCUUCAAACAGUUAAACGGCCACCAAACGGCGGUGGAGAACGGAGACGCCGCUCCCGGAGAACCUGAAGGCGUUUUGAGCAUCGAGGAACCUCAGGACUUCUGGAAUGUCCUUCUGUCGGAGCCUCAUGCUGCUCUUCAGGCCACACAGAGAGCUUUAGAAGCCAUCCAGAGCAAAGUGACCAUGAUGGUCCAACAACACACUCAAUCUGGAGAUCCAACAGAUGAGAAAAUGAGCUCUGAAGGACCAGGAGAUGCUGAGAACAGACCUUCUGCAGACUCUGAAACGUUUCCUGCUCUGGUCGCUCAGAUCGCUGAGCUACAGAAGACACUCGCUGCUUUUCCCGGUCAUGUGAAGACCUGCGUCUUCCCCGACGUCCUCGAGUGCUGUCUCGUCCUCUCGUACGUGGACGAACAUGUGGGCGGGAUUCCACGUGGUCUCCGCGAGACCGCUUCGUCUCUGCUGAUGGCGCACGCGUCCUCGGGCUCGCUGUACAAAGCACGUCAGAGAUUCACGUCACAAAUCCACAACAGCACUUAGUUGUUUUUUUUUUCUUUGUUUUUCUUUAAGAAAGUUUUUGUGUAACACGAUAAGAUCCGCGAUGUUCAUUCAUUUCCCCGGAACUUCAAUAAACUGUUUUUCACACAAA